AUGGCUUGGUUUAGAGCUGGUUCCUCUCUGGCAAAACUUGCCAUAAGAAGGACACUGUCUCAGUCUCAGUAUGGUUCAUAUGUUGCAAGAACAAGGGUGUUGCCUUCUCAAACUAGAUGUUUUCACUCUACGAUACUCAAAUCUAAGGCUGAGUCUGCUGCGCCUGUUCCACGUCCGGUGCCGCUUUCUAAGCUAACUGAUAGCUUCUUAGAUGGAACAAGCAGUGUGUAUUUAGAGGAGUUACAAAGAGCUUGGGAAGCUGAUCCCAACAGUGUUGAUGAGUCAUGGGAUAACUUCUUUAGGAAUUUUGUGGGUCAAGCCGCCACAUCUCCUGGAAUCUCGGGACAAACCAUUCAAGAAAGUAUGCGUUUGUUGUUGCUUGUCAGAGCUUACCAGGUUAAUGGACAUAUGAAGGCUAAGCUGGAUCCUUUGGGUCUAGAGGAGAGAGAGAUUCCAGAGGAUCUCACGCCAGGUCUUUAUGGAUUUACAGAGGCUGAUCUUGACCGGGAAUUCUUUCUGGGUGUAUGGCAGAUGUCCGGGUUUCUGUCUGAGAACCGUCCGGUUCAGACACUAAGGGCUAUACUGUCGAGGCUUGAGCAAGCUUACUGUGGGACUAUUGGGUAUGAGUACAUGCACAUUGCUGAUAGGGACAAAUGUAACUGGUUGAGAGACAAGAUCGAGACUCCAACACCACGACAGUACAACAGCGAGCGUCGAGUGGUUAUUUAUGAUAGGCUUACCUGGAGCACACAGUUUGAGAAUUUCUUGGCUUCUAAGUGGACCACAGCUAAAAGGUUUGGACUCGAAGGUGCAGAGUCUUUGAUUCCUGGAAUGAAGGAGAUGUUUGAUAGGGCUGCAGAUCUCGGGGUAGAGAACAUAGUUAUCGGAAUGCCCCACAGGGGUCGACUUAAUGUUCUGGGUAAUGUUGUCAGAAAACCUCUACGUCAGAUAUUCAGCGAGUUUAGUGGUGGUACUAGGCCAGUAGAUGAAGUUGGGCUCUACACCGGGACAGGUGAUGUGAAAUACCACUUGGGUACAUCUUAUGAUCGUCCAACUAGAGGAGGUAAACAUCUUCACUUGUCUUUGUUAGCAAACCCCAGUCACUUGGAAGCAGUAGAUCCUGUUGUGAUGGGUAAAACCAGAGCGAAACAGUACUACACGAAAGAUGAGAACAGAACAAAGAACAUGGGUAUUUUGAUCCAUGGGGAUGGUAGCUUUGCCGGACAAGGUGUGGUCUAUGAAACCCUGCAUCUUAGUGCACUUCCUAACUACUGUACUGGUGGAACGAUUCACAUUGUGGUGAAUAACCAAGUGGCUUUCACAACCGAUCCCAGAGCUGGAAGGUCUUCACAGUAUUGCACUGAUGUUGCAAAGGCUUUAAGUGCCCCGAUUUUCCAUGUUAAUGCGGAUGACAUUGAAGCAGUAGUUCAUGUAUGUGAGCUUGCUGCGGAGUGGCGCCAAACUUUCCAUUCUGAUGUUGUUGUUGAUUUAGUAUGCUAUCGUCGCUUUGGGCAUAAUGAGAUAGACGAGCCGUCAUUCACUCAACCAAAAAUGUACAAGGUUAUACGCAAUCAUCCCUCAUCGCUUCAAAUCUAUCAGGAGAAGCUUUUGGAAUCUGGACAGGUAACCCAAGAAGAUAUUGACAAGGUUCAGAAGAAAGUAAGCUCUAUCCUCAAUGAAGAAUUCGGGGCAAGUAAAGACUAUAUUCCACAAAAACGUGACUGGCUGGCAAGUCAUUGGACUGGAUUUAAGUCACCGGAGCAGAUUUCUAGGAUCCGAAACACUGGUGUGAAACCAGAGAUAUUGAAGAAUGUUGGAAAGGCAAUCUCAACCUUCCCAGAGAACUUCAAGCCUCACAGAGGAGUGAAAAGAGUUUAUGAACAACGUGCUCAAAUGAUUGAAUCUGGAGAAGGCAUUGACUGGGGACUUGGAGAAGCCCUUGCUUUUGCUACACUGGUUGUAGAAGGCAACCAUGUUCGACUAAGUGGUCAAGAUGUUGAAAGAGGAACUUUCAGUCAUAGACACUCGGUGCUUCAUGAUCAAGAAACUGGCGAGCAGUAUUGUCCCUUAGAUCACCUGACCACGAACCAAGACCCUGAAAUGUUCACUGUCAGCAACAGCUCUCUUUCAGAAUUUGGUGUUCUUGGAUUCGAACUGGGUUACUCGAUGGAAAAUCCGAAUUCUCUGGUAUUAUGGGAAGCUCAGUUUGGAGACUUUGCUAAUGGCGCACAGGUGAUGUUUGAUCAGUUCAUUAGCAGUGGGGAAGCCAAGUGGCUCCGUCAAACGGGUCUAGUAGUUCUACUUCCUCAUGGAUAUGAUGGUCAGGGUCCUGAACAUUCCAGUGGAAGAUUAGAACGUUUCCUUCAGAUGAGUGAUGACAAUCCUUAUGUUAUCCCUGAGAUGGAUCCGACUCUUCGAAAGCAGAUUCAAGAAUGUAAUUGGCAAGUUGUUAAUGUUACUACACCUGCCAACUAUUUCCAUGUUCUGCGUCGACAGAUACACAGGGAUUUUCGCAAGCCUCUUAUAGUGAUGUCUCCCAAAAACUUGCUUCGUCACAAACAAUGUGUAUCUAAUCUCUCGGAGUUCGAUGAUGUUAAAGGGCAUCCUGGGUUUGACAAGCAAGGAACCCGGUUUAAACGGUUAAUUAAAGAUCAAAGUGGUCACUCUGAUCUUGAGGAAGGUAUCAGACGUCUAGUCCUCUGCUCGGGGAAGGUCUACUAUGAGCUUGAUGAAGAGCGAAAGAAAUCUGAAACAAAUGAUGUAGCGAUUUGCAGAGUAGAACAGCUUUGCCCAUUCCCGUAUGAUCUCAUUCAAAGAGAGCUAAAGCGAUAUCCAAAUGCAGAGAUUGUGUGGUGUCAAGAAGAGCCGAUGAACAUGGGAGGAUAUCAGUAUAUAGCGCCAAGGCUUUGCACCGCCAUGAAAGCACUGAACCGAGGAAGCUUUAACGACAUCAAAUACGUCGGUCGUCUUCCUUCAGCUGCUACAGCCACUGGAUUUUACCAGCUUCAUGUUAAGGAGCAAACCGAUCUUGUUCACAAAGCUCUUCAACGCGAAACCAUCACCCCCAUCAUCCCUUAG